UGCGUGUCGGAAAGGAGGGAGGGGUAGGAUUGCAUCUCGAUCAACUAAUAUACGAUGGAUAUGCACACUGCCGAGUUGGGAAACGACUUCGUGACCUGCACCACACACACAGAUACAGAAACAUGCACACGGCUUAUCUGCGCGGAGGGGAGACCCCACGGGACGACCGAUGUGCUGAGAUUCGGAACGCCACGCGGCAGGACAGGCCCAAUGGCAACGCAUUUUUGGGCUCAACACCAUCCAUGCCUGUCGGCCCUUGUGUUUGUGAUGGAAGUACACCCUCACGCAUAUU